GAAACCUAACCUUUAAAAAUAAGUUUCUAAUGUUGUCUUUUUUUUCUUAAGCUUUAUAUUUCGACUUACUAAGUCGUCCCAUUAUUGCAUUUUCCGAUUUUGUCAUCUUAACUUUUUUCAAUUGACUUCAAGCAACCCAUUCGUGUACCAUGGCCAAGAAAAAAGAUUCCGAGAAGCACGAAGAUGGUCAAAAAGGGAAAUACAAUAAGGACGAUGCUGAGGCCAACGAAUUGGAAAAUUUUGUAGACGACAUAAGCGACGAAGAGUUGCUUGAGGACGUACUUCAGAGGAAACCUAAAGUAUCUGAUGGUGUUGAUACGGUCAUUAUUGUUGACGGUGUUCCCCAAGUCAAUCCAGAACGUUUUGACAAGCUUAAGCAAGUAAUAACGAAAAUAUUCGCACAGUUUGGAAAGAUCACUAGUGAUUACUAUCCAAAAACUGAGAAUGGUCAUACCAAAGGAUACAUAUUUAUUGAGUAUGAAAAACAUGAAAGUGCAUUAGAAGCUGUUACACAAGCUAAUAAUUACAAACUUGAUAAGCAACAUACAUUUUUAAUCAAUUUAUUCUCGGACUAUAAAAAGUAUAAUGAUAUUCCUGAAAAAUGGGAACCGCCAACUCCACAGCCAUUCCCAGAAAGACCUAAUCUACAAUAUUUCUUGAUGGAACCUGAUGCUUUUGAUCAAUACUACGUAUAUAAUGUAAACAAUCACAUUGAAGUUUGGUUAAACAGCAAUCCACAACCAACAAAAUUAGUUGAACGUGAAAAAUGGACUGAAUCUUUAAUUAUGUGGUCACCUCUUGGAACUUAUUUGGCAACACUUCACAAACAAGGUGUUGUCCUUUGGGGUGGACCAAAUUUCACAAAUGUUUUAAAGCUCUCUCAUCGUAAUGUUCAAUUCGUUGAUUUUUCUCCAUGUGAACAAUAUUUAGUGGCAUAUGCUCCAUUAGACAAUGGUGAACAAAAGUUAACCAUUUUUGAUAUUCGUACUGGAGCAGAAAAGCGAUCAUUUAUUUCAGAUGCUCCCAUGGGUGGACCUGUACCAAUACUACGAUGGUCUAAGGAUGAUAAAUAUUUUGCUCGAAUUGGACAUAAUACUUUAAGUGUUUAUGAAACUCCUUCUUUUGGUUUACUGGAUAAGAAAAGUAUAACAGUUAAUGGUAUUAGAGAUUUCAGUUGGUCUCCUAGGAAUAAUGUGCUUGCUUAUUGGGUUGCAGAAGACAAAGAUGUUCCAGCUCGUGUAGUACUUUUAGAAAUACCCAGUCGCAAGGAAAUUCGUGCCAACAAUUUAUUCAAUGUAGCCGACUGUAAAAUUCAUUGGCAAAAAGCUGGUGACUAUUUGUGUGUCAAAGUCGAUCGAUAUGCAAAAAUUAAACGUGAAAAGGGAGAUGUAAAGUACAGUGGUAUGUACUACAAUUUUGAAAUAUUCCAUAUGAGAGAAAAGAACAUACCUGUGGAUAGUGUAGAAAUUAAAGAACCAAUUCAUGCAUUUGCUUGGGAACCUAUUGGUUCAAAGUUUGCUAUUAUUCACGGUGAACCUAGCAAUAAUAGUGUUAGUUUUUAUAAUGUAAAAUCUGGUCAAGCUCCAAUUUUAUUAAAGAAAUUAGACAAACAUUUCUGCAGUCAUUUGUUUUGGUCGCCUGCUGGGCAAUAUAUUGUUAUUGCUGAAAUCCGUGAUUCUGGAGCUUUGGAAUUUGUGGAUACAGCAGACUUUACUACCAUGUGUUCUACAGAACAUUAUAAAGCGACUGACAUUGAAUGGGAUCCCACUGGAAGAUUUGUUGCUACUGGUGUAAGCUCAUGGAAGACUAAGGGAGACACUGGCUAUUGGAUAUGGUCAUUCCAAGGCAGAAUAUUAAAUAGAUUCAAUACAAAUACCUACUGUCACAUGCAAUGGAGACCUAGGCCUCCUACCCUAUUAAGUGCCAAGCAACAAAAGGAUAUCAAGAAGAGUUUGAAAAAAUACACAUCUCAAUUUGAAACUAAAGAUAAAAUGAGAAUGUCCAAAGCAUCUAAGGAAGUUAUUGAUAAACGUCGUAAAUUAAUCAAAGAAUUUGAAGAAUACCGCAGCAAACGUUUAGCUGAUUGGAAUAAACAAAAGGCUGAAAGAAUGUCUUUAAGAAAACAUAUUGAUACUGAUGAAUUAGAUUCUGACCGUAAGAAUGUUGAAGAAGAAAAGGUCGAAUUUUUAGUUAAAGAAGAAGUAACUGUAAUUGAGUAAGCAUUUUUGAAUGAUUUGAUGAAACAAAAUAAUUGAAUUGUUUUUUUUUCUUUUUUGUAUUUGGAUAAAACAAUAAAUAUAAUUUUGAUCA